CGGGACUAUAGGAGUCAUCGUUGGGUCACUCUAAAUUUAAAAAACAAAUGAUUUUCGGCUCAGAAAGAGGAACAAAUAAACAAAGUCCUUCACAUCCUGGCCAACUGACCAACGGCAAGUGUCCCUGGGAUACACCUCUCGUCCCGUUUUGAUCUCUAGUGUCCGGACCAUUUCAUAGACCACUUAAUUUUGUCGCGUCCCACCACUUUCCGAGCCAGGAGCCGAAACGAGUCCCUCUGAAAGGACACGAAGCACGGAGGCUAUAAAAGCACGGAUGCCUGACAACGAACAGCCACAGUCUCUGGCGGACUACGGCCGUGUUGAAUUGCCGGAACAAAGUACGGAAGUUUGGAGCGGAACAGGUUAAGGAUAUCGCGCUGGCACACCUGUUGGAGAAAAUGAGACUUCGCUAAAAAAAUCUCAGUGGCAUGUCCUGGCCAAGAUGUGAAAUCUAGUGACCAUCAAGUGCAUCAAAAGACAGUUUGUUAGAUUGAGAGAUAACCAGUGGCCGGAUUUAAGUCCUGGUCCGUCCCCGCCAGCACCUCUGUAUCCGCGUCCGCUUCUGUUUCGGUGUCAGUUUCGUGGAAAAUAAAACUUUAUUGCCAUUGAUGCCGUUAAGGAUGCGAGCCACCAACUGCACCACCACUGCCACAGCCACAGUCGCACUCUGUAGCGUCUACUUCGUCCUACUCGGCUGUCAGCGGAUCCAUGGCAAUCCUUUGGCCGCCGGAUCCGCUGCCUCCUCGCGUCGCCUGUCGGACACGAUAAAUAUUGGAUUCCUUGCUGAAUAUUCGCAGAUGCGAGUGACGCUGGGAGGACUGCCACUCGCCGUGGAGGAUGUGAACAAGAAUCCGAAACUGUUGUUGGGAAAAAAAUUGGCCUUCAAGCCCGUCGACAUAGGCCACAAAAUGAGCGCCUACCGUGUGAGGCCUUUGAGGGCAAUGACGCAGAUGCGUGAGGCUGGGGUGACCGCCUUUAUUGGACCGGACGAGAGCUGCACCUCCGAGGCACUGCUGGCUUCCGCAUGGAACACACCCAUGCUAUCAUUUAAAUGCGCCGACUCCAUAGUCUCCAAUAAGAGUACAUUUCAUACCUUUGCUCGAACUCUGGCCCCCGCCUCAAAGGUUUCCAAAAGUGUCAUAAGUUUGCUGAGUGCUUUUCAUUGGGAAAAGUUUUCCAUCGUUGUCAGUUCCAAACCAAUCUUUGGUUCUGACGUAGCCCGGGCCAUUCAGGAACUGGCUGAGGCAAGAAACUUCACCAUCAGCCAUUUUAAAUACAUAUCCGACUAUAUACCAACCACGAAGACUCUAUCGCAAAUCGAUAAAAUUAUUGAAGAAACAUACCUAACAACUCGCAUUUACGUAUUCAUUGGAGAGCACAUCGCCAUGGUUGACUUUGUGCGGGGUCUUCAGAAUCGCCGACUCCUGGAAAGUGGGGACUACAUUGUGGUGUCCGUGGAUGAUGAGAUCUACGAUUCAAAUCGGAGAGUUAACUUUAUGGAACGUAAUUAUUUAGAUCCUUAUAUUAGAAAAGAAAAGAGCAAAUCACUGGACAAAAUCUCAUUUCGUUCAGUUAUAAAAAUAAGCAUGACAUAUCCACAAAACCCCCAUAUUCGCGAUAUUUGUUCAAAAAUAAAAGACUAUGCUCGGAAAACUCCAUUUCUGGUUCCAUAUCACCAACGUGUGUUCGACAACAUAUCGGUUCCAAUCUACGGUUUGCACCUGUACGACAGUGUUAUGAUCUAUGUCCGCGCCAUAUCAGAAGUUUUACAAUUUGGAGGAGAUAUUUACGAUGGAAACUUGGUAAUGAGUCGCAUUUUCAAUAGAUCCUAUCACUCCAUACAAGGAUUCGAUGUGUAUAUUGAUUCCAAUGGCGAUGCGGAGGGUAAUUAUACUGUAAUAACCUUGCAAAACGAUGUAGGUGCCGCCUCAGGUGGUUCCCUGGCCAAGAUGACGAUGCAACCAGUGGGUUUCUUCGCAUAUGAUAAGAAUUCCCUAAUACCGGAGUUUCGUUAUAUAAAAAACGACAGACCUAUUCAAUGGCUUAACGGUCGUCCCCCCAGAGCUGAGCCUCUUUGCGGAUUUAAUGGCGAGCUGUGUCCUAGGAAAGGACUUGAUUGGCGAUACCUGGUAACUGGUCCUUUAUGUGCCCUGGUCGUAGUGGUGGCCAUUGCGUUGCUGAUUAAGCAUUACCGCUACGAACAAACUUUGGCGGGACUUUUGUGGAAAGUGGAUAUGAAGGAGGUUACAAUUAUAAACCUAGGGGAAUACAAUAAUCCAAGCAACAAAAAUAUUUUUCAAGUUUGUCGACAAAGCCUUCUGGUAGUUGGUGAAGCCAACAAAAGGUCCUUUACAAAUAUAGCUCUUUUUCGUGGCAAUAUUGUGGCCAUGAGAAAGAUUCACAAAAAGAAUGUGGACAUAACCCGAUCCAUUCGCAAGGAACUCAAAUUAAUGCGAGAGGUACGCCACGAGAACAUUAUUAACUUUAUUGGGGCCUCCACGGAUCAUGGAUCGGUUAUCCUGUUUACCACCUAUUGUGCCCGGGGCAGUCUCGAGGAUGUGCUGGCCAAUGAGGACCUCUACUUAGACCACAUGUUCAUCUCCUCGCUGGUGGCGGAUAUAUUGAAGGGCAUGAUAUAUCUUCAUGACUCGGAAAUCAUUUCCCAUGGCAACCUGAGAUCCAGUAACUGCCUGAUCGACUCCCGGUGGGUUUGUCAGAUCUCGGACUUUGGACUUCACGAACUGAAGGCGGGACAAGAUGAGCCUAAUAAGAGUGAACUGGAAGUAAAACGUGCCCUCUGCAUGGCGCCGGAGCUUUUGCGGGAUGACUAUCGACCUCCUCGUGGCACCCAGAAGGGGGAUGUCUAUUCCUUUGGGAUACUGCUCUACGAGAUGAUUGGCCGCAAGGGUCCUUGGGGCGAAACCACCUACUCAAAGGAGGAGAUAAUUCAUUUUGUCAAAUGCCCGGAACUGCUGCAGCACGGCGUAUUUCGUCCGGCUCUGACGCACACACACUUGGAAAUACCGGAAUAUAUUCGCAAGUGUUUGUGUGAGUGCUGGGAUGAGGAUCCGGAAGCCAGGCCAGAUAUUCGACUAAUUCGCAUGCGCUUGAAGGAACUCCAGGCAGGCUUGAAACCCAAUAUAUUUGAUAAUAUGCUGUCUAUAAUGGAGAAGUAUGCCUAUAAUCUCGAGGGUCUUGUUCAGGAACGUACUAAUUUAUUGUACGAGGAGAAAAAGAAAACCGAUACGCUGCUCUACCAAAUGCUGCCCAGACCUGUAGCCGAACUUCUGAAACGUGGAGAUCCCGUAGAGGCAGAGUGCUUCGAUUGUGUCACCAUACUGUUCAGUGACAUUGUGGGCUUCACCGAACUCUGUACCACCAGCACUCCAUUCCAGGUGGUCGAAAUGCUAAAUGAAUGGUACACCUGUUGCGACUCCAUUAUUUCCAACUAUGAUGUUUACAAGGUUGAGACCAUUGGGGAUGCCUAUAUGGUUGUUUCGGGUCUACCAUUGCCAAACGGCAAUCGACAUGCCGGCGAAAUAGCCUCCUUGGCACUUCAUCUUUUGGAGACAGUUGGAAACCUAAAGAUCCGACACAAACCCACGGAGACUGUCCAGCUACGUAUUGGAGUUCACUCUGGUCCCUGUGCCGCUGGUGUUGUGGGUCGCAAGAUGCCCAGAUAUUGCCUUUUUGGAGACACUGUGAAUACAGCUUCCAGGAUGGAAAGCACCGGACAGUCCAUGAAGAUUCAUAUUUCCGAAGCGACUAACCAACUUCUCCAGACGAUUGGAGGCUACGUCUGCAUCGAAAGGGGGCUAACCAACAUUAAGGGAAAAGGCGACAUGCGAACCUAUUGGCUGACGAAUCAACAACAUUCGGAGCUGACACCGGAUCUUAUCAGUACAGUAGAAACUCUGGACAGCUACUGUGCGUUUACCAGAGCUAGUUUGGAGCCAUCCCCACACCAAUAUUGCGGAUCAGCCACGAACUCCUCCCGUUUGAGUUCCUGCAAUUGUGCCACCAAAUUUUUAUAUAGCCGCCGAUCCGACGAUAAUGUCACUAGUUCCCACAACACUCCGGAGUUUCAAAAAAUUAGCGAACCCACGCCGAUGAACUGCAACAAUUUGUGCGUUUGCCGAUUAAAUGGCAGCCAGGUUUUUAAUAAUCGAAGUCCACGAUCGGCUCCGAGUAUUACUUUUAAGAUAUAAGAGUUCAAUUAUAUUAGACUUAAGGUUUCCCCGCUGGCAUUAUAAAGCCGAAUUCUAAAUGUUAAUGUUAUUUUACCAACGGACUGAGUAAGUUCUUGUAAAAUAUUAUAAUAAUCAUGAAAGGUUUUAAUGAAUUUUAAGAGUUCUUUAAGUUUUAAGAAACUGCAUUUAGGAUCUUGAUUUUUCGUCCAGGAAUAAUAGUUAACAUUAGCUUAAUGACAUCCUUCUUUUAUUACCAUAUCACUCAAAAAUGUUCAAUUUAUCCGUCCAAUCAGGUUUGUACUGUGAUUCAGAAGUAUUCAUUUUGAAAUAAUACAUAAAUCCUAACUCAGUCUGUUGGUAGAAUCAUAAAUAAGUGUCCAAAACUUGUAUAACAAUAAACAAACAUUUUGUAUACUCGUU